AUGCUUCACAGCAUUCCGCUCCUCUUCGCCAUCCUCCUUGGAGCCACCAAUGCCGGGCCGUGCGAUAUCUACAAGGCACCUGACACGCCUUGUGUCGCUGCUCAUAGCACGGUUCGAGCGCUUCUGAACGCGUUCACGGGUCCCAUGUACCAAGUCACGCGCGCUUCGGACUCGAAGACGCUCGAUAUCAAACAGUUGAAUUCUGGCGGUAUUGUUGAUGCUGCUGCGCAAGACAAGUUCUGCGAGGGCACCACUUGCGUCAUUUCGACCAUAUACGACAAGUCGGGCAAGGAGAACCACUUGACGUCAGCCCCGGUAGGAGGCAACAAGCCGACACCCAAUGAUCCCGCGAACACCAACAGUUUACCGGUUAUCAUCAAUGGUCAAAAGGCUUACGCCGUCUGGAUCGAUGCUGGCAAUGGCUACCGCAACGACAAUAUCAAUGGUAUCGCGACGGGGGAUGACGCUGAAGCCAUCUAUAUGGUGACGAACGGCACGCACUUCAACGACGGCUGCUGCUUUGACUACGGCAACGCUGAGAUCGACAACACGGAUGACGGAGCUGCCACAAUGGAGGCGGUGUACUUCGGUAACAGCCACGACUGGAGCUACGGCGGAGGCGAUGGUCCGUGGGUGAUGGCGGACCUGGAGAACGGUCUCUUCGGCUGUGACUCGAAUGGCCAAUGCUCCAACACCCCGUCAGUUCAGUUCCAGUACGUGACUGCGAUGUUUAAGGGCCGUUCGGGCGGCACGUUCGCACUAAAACAGGGCAACGCUCAGUCUGGCAGGCUUCAAACCACGUACGACGGAGCUCGCCCAAGUGGCUACGAAGUGAUGCAGAAGCAAGGCGCUAUCAUUCUCGGUAUCGGUGGCGACAACAGCAACGUCGUCAUCGGUAGCUUCUACGAGGGCGUUAUGGUGCCAGUGACGAAGUUGACGACAAGGUUCAGGCGGGCAUUGUGGUUGCUGGAUAUGGGGUCGGUUCUUCCGCCCAAGGCGCUGGCACUUCGAACCCUGGUGCGGCUGCAUCUGCCUCGGGCUCUAUCGGUGCCGGGACGUCUAUGA